AUGUCAGACAGUCUCCCAAACGAGGUUGUCACCGAAAUCCUCUCACGACUGCCGGUGAAGUCGGUGAUCAGAUUCAGGUGCGUUUCCAAGACAUGGUGUUCUCUCAUCUCCAGCCCCCAUUUCAUCGCCACCCAUCUCCGCCGCGCUCUCUCCAACCCCCAUUACCCAUCCAUUUCCAACCUUGUCUUGCGCCAUUUCGACUACCGACGCAAGGAAGACGGCUCCCUUGCCGCCAUACUAGUCCACCUGCUUUCUCUUGGUGCAGAAAUAGAAAAGAGGAGCUUGUUCAUAGGAGACGCUUCGGAUUUCAGAAGAGACCCAUCAGAUUCCAUUGGAUCGCCUUGCUUAUCCAAUUGCUUGAAAGUAAUUGGUUCAUGUAACGGCCUAUUUUGUCUCGCCCAAGGUAUCGAUUUAGUUCUCUUUAACCCUUGUAUUCAGAAAGCCAUAUCCCUUCCGCGCCCUAACAUUGGCUGUGGGGGAUGCGGACGCUUUAACUCUUGUUGUCUCCAUUCUCUUGGCUUUGGUUAUGACCCCAAGACUGACGAUUACAAGGUGGUGAGGCUUGUGUAUAUCCAAGGCAUUACUUUUUCUCUGGUUGAGAUUUAUACGCAUCGAACCGGCGCAUGGCGCUCUUUUACGGCCUCCGGUCCUCCCAACAACUUUACACUAGAUGAGAAUGUUUUCUUUAAUGGGGCAGUCCACUGGCCAGCUCGCACUCCACCGGACGAGCGCCCAUUUCGCAAUUUCAUUCAUGUCGUUCGACAUGGAGGAUGA